AUGGCGGUUACCAUUUCGAUGUCUAAAAACUGUGAUAAUCGAUCAUUUUUAUAUGAUUUGCCACGAAUUCCUACACGUGAUAAUCUUCAUAUAAACAAGUUUCCUAAUAUAUCAUCGUUUUCACCAACACGUGAUCCCAGUGAAAUAUCAAUGUACACACAAUUGAAUGUGAUGCCAUUUUCAUCAAAUGGUCUAUCAAAAGGCAAUAAUUAUCGUUCUGUAAUGCCAACAGUUGGGUGGAUGGAUCCGACUAUACAACCAUUUUUCUAUUAUAAUUUAGCUUUAAACGAUCCAAAUCAUAAGCGUAAAAAUGCCACACGUGAAACAACAGCAACGUUGAAAGCAUGGUUAUACGAACAUCGAAAAAAUCCCUAUCCAACAAAAAAUGAAAAAUUAAUGUUGGCUGUUAUAACUAAAAUGACAUUAACACAAGUAUCAACAUGGUUUGCCAAUGCUCGUCGUCGAUUGAAAAAAGAAAAUAAAUUGCACAGGACCGAUGAUGAACAAUCAAAAAAUGAUGAAUCUGAUGUUGAUAUAGACGAUACAUCCGAUUCUGAAAUUAACGAACAGGCAGCAGAACAUUGUUUAGAACCAAAAUUAAAACGAUUUAAACAUGAUGCUGGUUAUGAUUAUCAACCACCUACGGUAUUACCAUUUGCAACAACAUCAACACCGAAUGAUGGACAAUCAGCUAUAACAACAGAUUCGUCUUAUUCAUGUGAUGAAAAACAGUCGAAUGAUAGUCUCUAUGAACACAACACUUCAUCUAGUCUCACAAAAAAGAAAGUAAUGAUACCAAAAAUUGAUGAAAAACUUUCUUUGAACAAUCAUAAACGAAAACUUGAUGAUAACUAUGAUUCUGGUCAUAGUAGUUCUACGUCUAUAACAGUUGCAUCAACAGAUAUACAAUCAAUUAUUCAACCACCACCAAACGAUCCCUUACCACCAACAAAAACAUCGACAAUAAUAACUCGUCCAAAAGGAAAAAUAUGGUCUCUUGUUGAUGUUGUUAAUGACUCGAAGGAUAAUCAACUACAAACGUCUCCUUCUUCGUUAUCAUCAACUUCAUCAAAUAAUAAUAGUAAUAAUAACGAUUCUUCGCCUUUAAUAACUCGUAAUUGUACAUCACUUUUACCGUUAUCUAGUACAUUACUAAUGCAUAAUUCAGAAGCAUCACCGCAACAUCAACAAUCGUAUCUAAACUUUCUUAAUAUUCCUUACGAACUCUAUUGUCCAAUGCUUAAUAAUAUACCGUCAUCAACUUAUAAUUUAAUAACUUCUUCCGAACAUUGUCCAAUAUCACCUGUAAAUGUACUAACAUCAAAUGUCAGACAUUCACUAUCACCUCAACAAUCAUUAUCACUAUCGCCAUCCACAUCGAGUUUGUCUCCAAUAUCACCAUGUCAUGCAACAACGUCUAUGCUAUCAUCAAAAGUUAUUUCUUCACUCGUACAUACUUGA